CGUUACACGCAGACACUUUUGCAUUAUCGCUUUGACAGCACCGAGACACGCAGCUGGGGAAAUGAUAUCCCUUGCGGGGAGGGGCGGGCGUUAUUUCGCACAAAGUACGCGAACAUCCCUCAGUCUGACACUUGCGUCGCCUACAUGCGGCUGCUGACACAAACAUUUGGACUCUUCUUGGGUGAGGGGCUGCAAAGUCUGUCAGAAAGGAAUCGCUGUGAAUGAAAAUGUCGCGCUGGGCGGCGGAUAGAUUUAGUAGCAGAACAUUGGCAGCAUGGGACUGGCUGGGCUCUUCGUCCGCGUCAUGUCUGCAGCACAGUUUCCUGGUUACCAUUCCACAGCAAGACCUUUCAACUGUGUCCGCUUGGAAAUGCAGAGAAGCCAGUUUUUGCCUCUAUACCACCCAAUUAUGUGAGCAGUGACAGUCACAGCACACACAUAGCACCAGUAUCUUCUAAGAAAAUUGCCGUAUGAGUAUGGAUAUGGGUAACCAACAUGCUUCAGUCACAGCUCUUCAAGAAAUACAGAAGAAGGUUAAAGAAAUUGAGCAACAAGUGGUGACAUUUAGUGGUCUAAAGAGUGACCCAACUUAUAAAAAGAUUGAAAAAGCUCUAACUAAACAGUUAUUUGAGAUAGAAUCUAUUGACACAGAGGGAAAAGGAAACAUUCUGCAAGCCCAAAAGAAAGCUACUGAAGAGACUGAAAGAGUUUUAAAAGAACUGGAGCAGAAUGCAACUCAUCCGCGCAGACUUGAGAUUGAGAUGAUCUUUAGUGAAACUCAGAGUUUGGUGGCACUGCACACGACACAAUUUAAUAGUGGGGAUGGUCCAAAAACAGAUGAAUUUGAGGAAGGAAUUCAGAAUAUUCUGAAGAGACUUACUCAAGUAAAAACUGAAGGAAAGAUUCCAUUAAGAAAAGCUAGAUAUCGAACUUUAACUAAAGUUCUUGCAAUUCAAGAAAUUUUAGAAAACUCUUCUAAACAGCAAGUACUUUCUCUCCCUCUCUCUGCUGAGGCACAUCCAACAGUUUCUAAGAUUAACUCAAUUAUGUGUGAUGUGAACAAAACCAGAUGUAGUCUCAUUGCUCUUCUAGCUGGUGUCAAUGACAAUGAAACAUACAGGCAUUUAUCUUGCACUCUUACUGGAUUAAUUGCAAACCUGGAUGCUCUUGAUGUUUCUGGCCACACAGACAUAAGAGAGUAUAGGAAAGAAGUGGUGAAGGAAAUCAACAGCUUGCUGAAAUAUUUGGAUUUAGAGGAAGAAGCGGAGUUGGGAAGUGCUUAUGACUUAGGCCAAAACCAAUCAAUUGUAAAAAUAGAAGAGCUUCGCAAACAAAUGGCAGCAAUAAAGAACAGUCUUUUAGAAGUGCACCAGCGGGUGUCUGACAUCCAUAUGGGUACAAAGUCAGAGUUGCAGGGCCUCAUAGCGAACUUGGAUGAAGUUAGUGUAGGGAGGAAUCCUUGCAUUCGUGAAGCUAGAAGAAGAGCAGUAGUUGAGGUCCAGGCUGUGAUUACCUACAUUGACCUAAAAGAAGUUCUUGAAAAAAGGCAGAGCUUACCAGAACACACCGUUUCAGAGCCUCCAUGCUAUAUAGCUGUAUGGGCUGUCUUUGGACAUUUAUCCGAACUUCAAAAGGAAGUCCUCUUCUUUGACGGGAAGAGAGCUGAUAAAAAUUAUAUGAGACUAGAAGAACUUAUCACUAAACAAUUGCUAGCUCUUGAUGCUAUUGAUUCACAGGAUGUCCGUACAAAGGCUGCAAGAAAACAAGCUGUGAAGCUUGCAAAUAAUAUACUUGGAUAUCUUGAUAUGAAAACUGAUGAAUGGGAAUACUAAAACAGCUACUGACUUGGCUUUGCUUGCACAUUAUGUAUAGCUGUAAAGAGGUUACUGUUUCAUUUUCACCCUUUGAUAAUCAUUGCAAACAUUAGGUUGUUCCUAAGCCAAUUACCUGCCAUAGGACAAAGCUUCUGUCAAAAGCUAACCAGUUUUGGUUUUCAUGUAGCAACGGAGAAUACAUUCUGGCAUGUAAAUGCUAAAUAUCAUACAGUUUUGACAUUAUGGAACAAUGCACAGCAUACUUAUAGUUGUAUCUCUUCGCUCUUUUUUGUGCUGAUUCUUAAAUAAAAAUAAAAUUGAGUUCUUUGCUUUUUUGGGUACUACA